GCUCGUGUGAACGUGGCGCAGCACAUGUACACCGCCGCACGGUUCCGACCAUGCGAUAGAAACAUUCCUUCGGUAUAUCUUAUUUGCUCAGAAAAUAGCCCACACUCUGAUGGCAAUUAUGUGGCCAUGAUACACUAUAUGUGAUUUUUUCCACGAACAUACGGUGUGGAUGUGGAUGAUGUCAUCAAUUGAUCGCGCACAUUCAAAUGUUGCUUCUAGCACUGAAGUGCUGCCUCCCAGGCUAGCAUGCGGAACAACUAUUGACCUCAACAUGAAUUCACCCAUAGGUCGAUUUGUUGAUUGACUUGAUAUCAAUUAUGUAUCAUCGAUAUCGAUACGACUCUCAUACAGACAGAACCGUGUAAGUGAACUUUGUGUACCAUGAUCACGUGAUGUGCAACUAGCAAACACCAGUUGACCAAUUUCAAUUUCAUUUUCAAUGUCUGGGCGACUAGUAAUACAUAUGGAGGCCUUCAAAAUGUAGUUAAGUUAUAAGACUGGCAGUGGUACGUUUUAUUGUCAAUGUCAACACAUGCCACUUACAAGAUUCCGGAGUACAUCAGUGGAUGAAUAUGUGCGAAGACUGCAAUUGAAUGCAACGCCGACCUUUCCAGCAUCAUGGCAGACAGGCGCGUAAUGAAUGCGCGGUGAAAUUGAUUUUACAAUCCUGGUUGGAAGUAGCAUACAACAUAUGUACUCGCUCAACCUCGUCAUACUCUAUGACAAGAUCGAAUAGAGCGGCAUCAUAGUUACUUGUCGCAUGCCAAAUCCAAACAACUUCGAGAUGAUUAGGUACUAAGUGAUUGUUUCCUAAUUUGAUUACCUCAUAUUUGCUAUCGAUAACAAGAUACAAACAGGAGUGCGGGCAAGCGUGCUCUCACUCUUCACAUGUAAACACUGGUCAUUUACCUUGUAUACUCGACUGAUAGGUACCAUAACCGGCAGCACUUUUCCCUACCUCGUUAUCACUUCCUUGAUACUUUGAGAUCUUCGCCUACCCGUUUCCUUAACUGGCCUCUUAUCCGUGCAUAAGCACUUUACCUAGCUUUGCAGCCAAUAUGACUGGACGGCGCAAAACAAGAUCCUCGAGAAAAACGGCCCCGGUUGCCUCUAGAGGAGCAAGUACUCCGCAAAAGCAUGAGACUACAUCUAGUAAAGAGAUAGUAUCUGAGGAACGCCUGCGAGCAGGUGUUGCCUUGGAUACACCAUCUGACACGGUCAUAGAGCUGCAAUCCUCCAGCCGUGUGAACGAGGGCGAUAAUACGCACGAUCAGUCUGCGAUCCAGACAGACGAACCUGAGACCCGAUCAAAGGAAGCGGCGCUUGCAAAAUCAUCACACAGGAAGCCUAUGCUUAGAUACUCGUUCAAAGCUUCCACGAUAACCACCAAAUCUCCAAGUACGCCGUGGGUGGAUACCACCGAGCGCUUCAAUCUCAACGAUAUUCUGCCCUCUCUCAUUUCACUAGAGAAGUCCUUGCCAUCUUUACCUACGCAAUACCACUGGUUCUCCGAUGCGCUCCCCGUCUCUGCGCUCUUCCCGCCCGGCAUUCCACUCACUGUCAAAGAGAUCAACGCCUACUACCCUCAUCACAUCCGCUACCCCGAUGUCAUGCUCCGCUUCGUGAACAACGGUUACCGUCACGGCGACAUUCACUCCAUACAAUCUUUCUUCCGCUCCAUCGCCGUACCGCUCACCAAAAUGCAGCUUGGUCAGCUAAUGCGUGAUUGCUUGUUGAAAAAGGCUCCGAAGUUCAAAGUCACGGAGGGUGCUUGGGAAGGGAAACCAGAUCCUUGUCUUUCCACGGCACCUUUCGUUCCAACACAAAAUAUUUUAGGGAAGAUGGGAGGAGGAUUUACCGUGCCAACGUUUGAUCAACUUUUGAAAGGGCUGAAAUUCCUGCCGGAGGGAGAUGAUGCGAGGGAGUUGACCACGUGCUUGGUGUGGUAUCUCGAGCAUAGAGACAGGUUUACGCCAAGGCUGGAAUUUAACGUGCUGCAUGUACAGCUCCUGCUCCGCGCUUUGCAGAUCCCACUUCCACCCUAUGGAGACAGGAACUUGAAUCGAGAGGGUUUCGAUGAGUGGCGGAAUAAAGGUGCAUAUCAAGAGAGGAAAGUCGAAGACAUCCCAAGUACCGAGUGGGAUGAUGCAGUGGAGGUGACUCCAGAGAAGUAUGAUGGUAGGUCCGUUGUCGAAAUCGACAUCAAGAAGGAGACCGUGAAACUGCAUAUAUCAAUGCAGACGCGACACAUCCUUACCUACCCUUACAUGUGCCUGAACGAACUCGUGCAGUCAUUGAAAGGAGAGAGCGAUGUGCCAUCAGAUACCACAAAAACCCCACCUACUCCCAAGGAACCUCCCCUUCCCGUGCCCAACGCCCAAAAUCCAAGCCCAAAGAAGGAUCCCUCUGCCACACUUGAAUCCUUCCAGGAUAAGUUUCGUGGAUACCGCAUCCCCAAACGUAUUCGCUCGUCCACCAGCGAAUCGUCCCCCGCCAUUCCCUCUCACAAAAAAGUGAGGUUUAAGAGUCCCUCCGACAUAGACUCGCCGGCUCCACCUAAAAAACGAUAA